AUGCUCAGGCUCUCUAAGCGUUCGGUCUCUACUCUCCUACGUUCCGGUGACCGAAGCUUCCGUGUCGCCGCCGCAUCUUCAGUUUCCCGCUCUUCUCCACCGGCCACGAACGCCGGGAGAAGUGAAUCCGAAGCCAGAUGGUAUUCUUCAUCCUUAACCAAUGGGCAGAGAAUCGGGUCAUCGGCUCAAUUGAACAUUAAAACCAAUUGGUUUAUGGGAUACCGGAAUGAAUCCAGCGCCGCAGCAUCAGACUCGCAAUCUUCCUCUCAGGCUCCUCCUCCGGCUGAGAAAUUUGAGUACCAAGCAGAGGUUAGUCGUCUCAUGGACCUCAUCGUUAACAGCUUAUACUCCAACAAGGAGGUGUUUCUUCGGGAGCUUAUUAGCAAUGCUAGUGAUGCAUUGGACAAGCUUCGCUAUCUAAGCGUUACACAGCCUGAGCUCUCAAAGGAUUAUGCUGAUCUCGAUAUUCGCAUUUAUGCAGAUAAAGAGAAUGGAAUUAUUACUCUCACCGAUUCUGGAAUUGGUAUGACGCGUCAAGAAUUAGUUGAUUGCCUUGGGACUAUAGCGCAGAGUGGAACUGCCAAGUUCCUGAAAGCUUUGAAGGAUAGUAAGGAUGCAGGUGGUGACAAUAACUUAAUCGGACAAUUUGGUGUUGGUUUCUACUCAGCAUUUUUAGUUGCGGAUCGGGUGGUUGUGUCAACCAAGAGCCCAAAGUCCGAUAAGCAGUAUGUAUGGGAAGGAGAAGCAGAUUCAAGCAGUUACACAAUUCAGGAAGAGACUGAUCCUCAGUUGAUCAUUCCUAGAGGAACACGUAUCACUUUGCAUCUUAAGAAAGAUGACAAAGGCUUUGCAGAUCCUGAGCGGAUUCAGAAGCUUGUGAAAAACUACUCUCAGUUUGUUUCUUUCCCCAUAUACACAUGGCAGGAAAAGGGAUACACCAAAGAGGUUGAAGUUGAGGAUGAUCCAGCUGAAGCAAAAAAAGAAGACACUGAUGACCAAACUGAGAAAAAGAAGAAGACAAAGAAGGUUGUUGAGAGAUACUGGGAUUGGGAGCUUACGAAUGAGACGCAACCAAUUUGGCUCCGGACCCCAAAAGAGGUGACAACGGAGGAAUACAAUGAGUUUUACAGAAAGACUUUCAAUGAGUAUUUGGACCCAUUGGCAUCUUCCCACUUCACGACAGAGGGUGAGGUCGAGUUUAGGUCCAUACUUUAUGUGCCACCUGUCUCACCAAUGGGGAAGGAUGACUUGGUUAACCAAAAGACAAAGAACAUAAGGCUUUAUGUGAAACGAGUUUUCAUCUCAGAUGACUUUGACGGGGAAUUGUUCCCUCGCUACUUAAGCUUUGUUAAGGGUGUUGUCGACUCACAUGAUCUCCCACUUAAUGUGUCCCGUGAGAUUCUUCAAGAAAGUCGCAUUGUGCGGAUCAUGAAGAAACGUCUGGUGAGGAAAGCUUUUGAUAUGAUCUUGGGCAUAUCCCUAAGUGAAAACAGAGAUGACUAUGAGAAGUUUUGGGAUAACUUUGGCAAACAUAUAAAACUGGGUUGUAUCGAGGACCGCGAAAACCACAAGCGUUUGGCCCCACUGCUUCGAUUUUUCUCUUCCCAGAGUGAGAAUGAUAUGAUAAGCUUGGAUGAGUACGUCGAGAACAUGAAACCUGAACAGAAAGCCAUAUACUAUAUUGCUUCCGACAGCAUUACAAGUGCUAAAAAUGCACCUUUCCUCGAGAAGCUUAUGGAAAAGGAGCUCGAGGUACUAUAUUUGGUGGAACCAAUUGAUGAAGUUGCGAUACAGAGCUUAAAAGCUUACAAGGAGAAGGAUUUUGUUGACAUCGGCAAGGAAGACUUAGAUCUAGGAGACAAGAACGAGGAGAAAGAGGCAGCAGUGAAGAAGGAGUUUGGUCAGACUUGUGAUUGGAUAAAGAAACGAUUGGGCGAAAAGGUCGCAAGUGUUCAGAUCUCUAACCGUCUUAGUGCUUCCCCAUGUGUUCUUGUAUCUGGUAAAUUUGGUUGGUCAGCCAAUAUGGAGAAGCUAAUGAAGCAACAAUCAGCUGGUGGUGACACAACAAGCCUCGAGUUCAUGAAAGGGAGAAGGGUGUUUGAGAUCAAUCCUGACCACUCGAUUAUAAAGAACAUUAAUGCUGCUUGCAAGAGUAACCCAAAUGAUGAAGAUGCGUUGAGAGCCAUAGAUCUUAUGUAUGAUGCAGCACUAGUUUCUAGUGGGUUCACGCCCGAGAAUCCAGCAGAGCUCGGUGGGAAGAUAUAUGAGAUGAUGGGCAUUGCUCUUUCCGGGAAAUGGUCAAGGCCUGAGGUUCAGCAGCAGCAGCCGAUGGCACAUUCUCACAAUGCAGAGCUCUUAGAAGCUGAAGUGGUUGAACCAGUUGAAGUGAAAUGA